CACUAUAUAGCGGCACUGAUGCAACGUCCGUGAGGAAUCGCUACGAGCAGCUAGCUACGACGGAAAGAACCGCACGCCCUCCCUCAACCUCAAGCACGAAAUCAAAAGUUCCAGUGGCCAAACCUUCUUGAUCGAUCGACCGAUCGGGUGUUGCGGAGAUGGCAGAGCCCAGGCGCACACGGCCGUCGACGUUCCGGUGCGCGGCGGCGACGCUGCUGGCGGUGGCGGUCGUCGUCGUCAUCGUCGUCCUCCUCUGGCUCUUCCUCCACCCGUCCAAGCUCGUCCUCUCCGUCGACCACGCCUCCACGACGGGCUUCAACUUCACGGCCGCCGGCGGGCUCGCGGGCGCGUUCGACCUCACCCUGCGCGCCUUCAACCCGAACGAGCGCGCGGGCGUGUCCUACCGCUGGCUCGACGUCGGGGUGUGGUACAACGGCACGUACCUCGCCGGCGCCCACGCGCCGGGGUUCACCCAGUCGCCGGAGGACGAGACGCGGGUCGACGUCGCCGCCCGGGCGGCGCCCGACGCUUGGACGCUGCCGCGGGACGUCCAGGAGGGCAUCAAGAGGGAGCGCACGGCCGGGAAGCUGACGGUGGACGUGCACGUCGUCGCCAAGGUGAGGUUCCGGUACGGCGUGGUGAGGACGCGCAAGUACACCGUGCGCGCCAGCUGCCCGGCGGUGGCCAUCGACUUCGCGUCGCCGACCUCGUUCCACCGGGUGCCCUGCUACGUGCACAUCUGAGCCGCGCGACCCUGCGUGAUACUCUAUGCUUCAAGGAUUGGCUAUGUGUGGAUUGACUGAUUUGAGAGUUGCCUUCUUUCGUAUUACGAUUACCUUGGUUUGUUGUACAUUUCUUUCUUCACUUUAUAUUCUUUGCUGUAAAUUGUUUUUUUUCAUGGGGUUUGGUAAAGACCUGUUGACAAUUUAAUAUUAUCAAGUAAAUAUUAUUGAUAUUUUUCGCUUUUCA